UGUGGGUGGAGAGACACGCGUCCAGCUCAGACAUGGACCUGACGGACUCCACGGCCGUUUAAUAGCCGCUGUUUGAUCGCUCAGUGUCUUUAUAAUCUGUGACUGACAGACAGAAGAGCAGGUGAAGUGUUUGACGAAUCAUGAGCGCGCGCGUCCGUUGUUUUUUAGCCUCUUCACGUGAUGCUCACCUUUUAGUUUACUAUUAAUCGUCCCGCAAAACAUUACGAUGAAGGACACUGGAGAGUCAAAGGACCAGCAGCUGACAGUGGCCCUGAGGAUUCGGCCAUUGAGUGAUGCUGAACUGGAGGAAGGAGCCACUAUUAUAGCCCACAAAGUGGAUGACCAGAUGGUGGUGUUGAUGGACCCCAUGGAGGAUCCAGAUGAUAUUCUUCGAGCUCAUCGAUCCAGAGAGAAGACUUAUAUGUUUGACGUGGCCUUCGAUUAUUCAGCCACGCAGGACGAGGUGUACAGGUACACCACUAAAGGCUUGAUUGAAGGACUCAUAUCAGGGUACAACGCCACUGUUUUUGCCUACGGACCCACAGGUUGUGGGAAGACUUACACCAUGCUGGGAACAGACAGAGAACCUGGCAUCUACGUUCGGACAUUAAACGACCUGUUCAAAGCCAUUGAAGAAACCAGUGAUGACAUGCAGUACAGCGUCUCCAUGUCCUACUUAGAGAUCUACAAUGAGAUGAUAAGAGACUUGCUGAAUCCGUCAUCUGGGUUCCUGGACCUGAGAGAGGACUCAAAGGGAGAGAUACAGGUGGCGGGAAUCACAGAGGUCUCCACCAUUAAUGCACGAGAGAUCAUGGAGUUGUUAAUGAAGGGAAACAAACAAAGAACUCAAGAGCCAACAGCAGCCAAUCAGACGUCUUCUCGCUCUCACGCUGUGCUGCAGGUGGCCGUGCGUCAACAGAGCCGAUGUCGAGACAUCCUUCAGGAAGUCCGAUUUGCACGACUCUUCAUGAUUGACCUGGCGGGGUCUGAACGGGCUUCACAGACACAGAACAGGGGUCAGAGGUUAAAAGAGGGUGCUCAUAUCAACCGCUCUCUGCUUGCCCUGGGGAACUGUAUCAAUGCUUUGAGCGAAAAGAAUGGCAACAAGUAUGUAAACUACAGAGACAGCAAGCUGACGCGAUUGCUCAAGGAUUCUUUAGGAGGAAACAGUCGGACGGUGAUGAUUGCACACAUCAGCCCUGCAUCUCUGGCCUUUGAGGAUUCACGAAACACCCUGACCUAUGCCGACCGUGCCAAAAGCAUCCGCACACGGGUGAAGAGAAACCUGUUAAAUGUGUCCUAUCACAUCGCCCAGUACACCAGCAUCAUCUCUGACCUGCGCAGUGAGAUUCAGAGACUGAAGAAGAAGAUUGCAGACCAGGCCAGCAGACAAAUCAACCCGGACAGAACCGACAUCCGCCAUGUGCAAGCGGAGGUGCAGGCUCACUCCUCUCAGCAGAGCCGGGCUGAGAUGGACCAACUGCGGGAACAGCUGAUCGAUGCCUUCAGACAGCAGAUGGACAUCAGGAAACGUCUUAUGGAGCUGGACAACAGCAACAUGGAGAUCCAGAUAGACACAUCCAAACACCUGCUGACAAUCGCAGACUGGGAGCAGGAACGCUUCAGGAGAAGGAAGAAAUGGCAAGGAGAGAGGAGGAAGGAGAGUUUCAAUAAGGAUGAAAGCGAGAAAGACUCUGACUCUCCAGAAUCGUUGCCUGACAGUACUGAGACACAAGAAGUGGCCAUUGCCAGAGAGAAUCUCGUCACACUCAUGGCCGAGCAGAAGAAAAUACAAAAACAGAAGGCCGGGCUGGAGCAGCGUCUGGCAGAGCUGAGAGAAAAGGCCCGGCGUCUGGAAGAGCUUCUGCCUCGCCGUGUGAGCUCAGAGGAGCAGAGAGAAGUGCUCUGUCUGCUGUGUAAAGUUCAUGAGCUGGAGAUCGAGAAUGCAGAGAUGCAGUCCAGCGCACUGCUCAAAGACAACGUGAUCCGGCAGAAGAACGUGGUGGUGCAGCGUUUCGAGCAGCACAGGCACCUCUGCCAUGAGAUCAUCCAGCAGCAGAGGCAGUUUAUUGAUGAUCACAGUCUCCUGGUCCCCCCUCAUCUUCAAGAGCUCUAUGAGAUGUACAUGAAGGAAAUGGAUGAGAAGAACUUGGACAGAGUUGUGGCUCUUGAUAAGUUUACCAUCCGUACCCUCAAGGAGGGUUCUCUGCCCAAAAUCACUCUCCCCAGCAGAGGUCGAGACCCCUUGCAGGAGCUGGAUUCAGACCAGGAGAGUGUUCGUACACUGGCCUCAGACAACAGACAAGGCCGGACCAAACUGAGGAGACACACACUGCCUCCCAUCCUCCCAGAGCCUGAUGGAGAGCGAGUGUUUAAGAGCAGUCACAAACAGUUGAAGAACGCUGUAGUGAUGACUCCUCCACCCAUUCACAUCAACGGUCAGGGCAACAGAGAGCUGUUGCCAUCUGUCCUGGAUGAGGCUCUGAGAUGCAGUCAUCUCAGUCACAGUAUGAGCAGCCAUCUGGACUCCUCACCUGAGAGCAGUGAGAACGGCACUGACGCCCCGCUCACACCUAAAGAGAGACAGCAGAUUUUAAGAGGAGUGCAGAACAUUGCAGUAAAGGCUGCUCGACGCCGCUCUAAAGUUCUAGAAAUAGACGCACUCCGGUUGCCUCCGCCACCUUCACCCCUGGACCCUAAGAAGCACAAAAGUAACUUGUCUCUGAGUGAGGCGCCCCCUAAAGGCCCGGUGCUGCGGCGUGGGAGACAACCCAGCCCAGAGCUACGCCACGCCACCUCCGAUGACAACCUGUCCAGCAGCACAGGGGACGGUCCCGCACCCAACGGCACGUGGACACGCCCACGAAACAGACAGGCUGUCAGGAACCCAAAGGAACAGGACUUUGAGGGUCGCAGACGCAAGAGGAGGUCUCGAUCAUUUGAAGUUACAGGACAAGCAUUGUCUCAGGCGAAGAACACCAACCAGAGAUUUCGUCCCCUGGACAGCACUUCUGAUCCCCAUCUGCACAUUAAUGGUCAUCCGCCAGCCCCGCUCCUGCGGCCCCAGCACAGAGCACAAGCUCAGCUAACAAAAGCUCGACCUUCUCACAACAUCCACCAAACAGGAUCGACAGCAGAUGUCACUUCCUCCAACCUGCCGUCCCACCUCAUCAAGCGUGGUCCCCAAACCAGGCAACUUCAGCCACUGUUGUACGUCACAACCACAGGGACAGGAGGCCAGCGCACCCGCAAACACUGAAGAGGGCCAUAAUCUCUGGCCUGAGAAUAGACUUGUCUCCUCUUAACCCCAGCUUCAGCACUAUACCCCGUCAAAGUGCCCCUAUUAGGCUCUUUCCUAAGUCUCCAAGGUCUCCCAGGUUUACAUCCAUCAACAAAUACAGAUUUAUCUCUUUUAUAACUAUCUGAAUGGCUGGUUCAAGGAUCCAGUCCCUCUAAGCCCCGCCCUUCUUAGAGUCAACUCUGCUCUGAUUGGUCAACUCAGUUUAAUGGUUGACCACUUACAGAGUAUGUCAUGAAUCAGACGCCCAUUACUAUAUGCUGAGGUUUCCUUAGCUAAACAGAUAAACUGUUAAUGGUAGCUAAUGAAAAGCAUUAAAUAUGCAGAUUUAUGCAUGGUUAUAGACUGGAAUAACAUCCAGAACCUUCAGGCUGUUCAGAAUCUGUGGUCUGGGAGACAAUACAUUCAUUUAUAGUGCACUUUGAUCUUUGUAAAUGUACAGAUGUUUACCUUCACAAUGAGCUGUAUUGCACACUACAUAUAUCUGAAAACAGCAUAAUGGGGGCACUUUAAAACAUGAAGAGACCAAGUGGAAGGUUUUUUUUGUCCAAAUAGACUGUACCAUGAGAUGAACGACGGACAAACAUGAAUGAAAUCAUUCUAAAUGUUUCAAAGACCAAUUUCUGUGCUAAUAUGCACCUAUUCUCUAAACACAGGCGACUUGAUAUGUCUGCUUUUAUUUUUGAGGUCCAUUGGCUUCUUUAAGUGGCAAAAAUAGCUUGUCAUGAAUUCAAUGGCCUUGACUUAUUGUGAAAAGUUCUCGCAAUGGCAUGCAAACGCACUCUUUUAAAGCCGAGCCGGGGGAUGAAUCCUGCCUCGGUUGCCUUUCCAAAUGGUUGAAUAUUUCUGUCAGGCCUUAAAGUGACAACUGAAAUUCAUUAAGCAGUUCCCAAAAAACAUAUUUAAAUGUGCAGAACUGAUAUGGUGAUGCUUGUUUAUGCGACUGAGGAAUGGUAUAUUCCCCUGAUGUUCCCCAGGGAGAAUAUAAACUUCACAGCUUCUAUGGUUGUGAAAGUAUUGCUCCCUCAGGCCUUGCACAAAUGAAUGUACUGUCACAUUGCUUAUGAUUCAUAUGUCUGGCUUCUGUGACCGUUCCAUUUACUGAUGUCAUUUUGUGUUUACUGGUGAUAAUAAUCGAUGUAUAUUUGCCUUCACUGUCAUGCAGGUUUCAGCGUAGCUGUUUUCUCUAAAAAUCCUUUUGGGUUUGUGUUAGUUAUUAGUACCAGACAAAAGGGGGGCAUAUUAGUCCACAUCCUCAGUGAAAUGUUUUAAUCAGAAAAGGAAGAAAAAAUUAUAUAUAUAUAU